AUGGGUCCUGAUAAGACAAGCAAAAAGGAUCGCCGCCCUCGACGUACUGGUGGGGGUGACGGCUACAUCACCUCUAUGUGUACCCGGAAGGAGGCCCUGGAGAAGGCCAGGCAGGUACGAGAGCAAGCGGAGUACUGGAGUUCAGUGUCUGUGGUUCUUGAUGGCACGGAGUACAUUUCCUCGCAGUCCACACCGUCAUCGCUGGAGCACCAGGAGCUUGACCUCUCAUACCUGAACUAUCUUGACUAUGCGGCCCUAGCGGAGGAGAAGAUGUGGUAUGACCCGUCGACCCUCGAGGACCUCGACCCGGACUCCCACAACCAGACUUUCGGCCCUUCCCACUACGCUUCACCUUCCUCUGCCUAUUCGACCAGUUCCUUAUCCUCUUCCGCAUCCUCCCCAGCUUCCGCUUCCUCAUCACCCUCAUCAUCAUCAUCGUCCUCUUCGUCCGCAACCUCCCUCACUUCGGACCAUCAGUCGGACCCUUCCGCCAAUCGUAAAGGCACGCCUCCCACUCCAAAUCCGUCGAAUCAAGGAUUCUUCGGCCCAGCAGGCGAGCCCAGGAUCAUGCAUCAGAAGGAAUGGACGGAGGUAUUGGAGGCUCAUAGGAUGUUGGUGCCUUGGGUCAAGGGCAAAGUGUAUCGGCCAGAAGAACUGGAGCCGAUCCAGACAGGUCCUCUGGAAGGCGAGCAGCAGAUUGAGGAGCAGGAAGUGCAAGAUCAGCCGGAAGAUCUGGAUGCGGAAGGAGAGGUACUGGGGAUUGAGGAGUGGGAUGACCUUUUAGCGAACGAAGAGGUAUGGCGGGUGGCCUAG